AUGGUCACGCAUACAGACAUUUUUUUCUCUUUUUUUCCAACCGGUCUUUCAUGGUCAGUAAUCAAGCGAAUUAACAGCAAAGUAGAAGUUCUUUCGUUUCUGAAUGUAUUGUCUUUGAUCUAUCUAUCUAUCUUAGCUAGCUACCUACUCAUCUGUCCAUCUAAAUUUGUUUAUAUCUAUCUAUCUAUCUAUAUUAGUUUGUUCAUAUCUAUCUAUCUAUCUAUCUAUCUAUCUAUCUAUCUAUCUAUCUAUCUAUAUAUCAUCUGUUCAUGUGUCUGUCGAUCUAUCUCAGUUGAUUCAUCUCUCUCUCUCUCUCUCUCUCUCUCUCACUCUCUCUCUCUACAGUUUGAUUCAUAUCUAUCUAUCUAUCUAUCUAUCUAUCUAUCUAUCUAUCUAUCUGUCUGUCUGUCUGUCUAUCUAUCUAUCUAUCUAUCUAUAUGUAUAUAUCAGUUUGUUCAUAUAUAG